AUGUCCACGAUCGCAGCUUUCUACGGUGGCAAGUCCAUUCUCAUCACCGGGGCCACGGGCUUCCUGGGGAAAGUCUUGAUGGAAAAGCUGUUUCGCACCAGCCCGGACCUGAAAGUCAUUUAUAUCCUCGUGAGGCCCAAGGCCGGCCAGACACUGCAGCAGAGGGUCGUCCAGAUCUUAAACAGUAAGCUGUUUGAAAAAGUCAAAGAGGUCUGCCCCAACGUGCAGGAGAAGAUCAGAGCGGUUUACGCAGACCUCAACCAGAACGACCUGGCCAUCAGCAAGGGGGACAUGCAGGAGCUGCUCUCCUGCACCAACAUCGUCUUCCACUGCGCCGCCACCGUGCGCUUCAAUGACCACCUGAGACAUGCCGUGCAGCUCAACGUUACUGCCACCCAGAAGCUCCUGCUCAUGGCCAGUCAGAUGCCAAAGCUCGAAGCCUUCAUACAUAUCUCUACUGCCUUUUCCAACUGUAACCUGAAGCACAUUGAUGAAGUCAUAUAUCCAUGCCCUGUGGAGCCAAAAAAAAUCAUCGACUCUAUGGAGUGGUUAGAUGACGCUAUUAUUGACGAGAUCACGCCCAAGCUGAUCGGGGAUCAGCCCAACACGUACACCUACACCAAGGCCUUGGGAGAGAUGGUGGUGCACCAGGAGGGCGGCAACCUAAACAUUGCCAUCGUGAGGCCCUCCAUCGUGGGAGCAACCUGGCAGGAGCCUUUCCCAGGUUGGAUUGAUAACACAAAUGGACCUAGUGGUCUCAUUAUUGCGUUGGGGAAAGGGUUUCUCCGGGCCCUGAGAGCUACUCCAAUGGCUGUGGCAGAUAUGAUUCCCGUUGAUACAGUCGUCAAUCUCACCUUGGCUGUAGGAUGGUACACAGCAGUUCAGAGACCAAAGUCAACGCUAAUCUACCACUGUACUUCUGGUAAUUUGAAUCCCUGUUACUGGGGCAAAAUGGGAUUCCAAGUCUUGGCAACCUUUGAAAAAAUUCCAUUUGAGAGAGCUUUUAGGAGGCCAAAUGCUGACAUCACAAGCAACACCUUCACAACCCAGUACUGGAAUGCCGUCAGCCACUGGGCCCCUGCCAUCAUCUACGACUUCUAUCUACGACUCACAGGAAGGAAGCCCAGGAUGACAAAGCUCAUGAAUCGGCUUUUAAGAACUGUCUCCAUGCUGGAGUAUUUCAUCAACCGGAGCUGGGAAUGGAGCACCUGCAACACAGAAAUGCUGAUGUCCAAGCUGAGUCCUGAAGACCAGAGAGUAUUCAACUUUGAUGUGCGCCAGUUGAACUGGUUGGAAUACAUUGAAAAUUACGUUUUAGGAGUCAAGAAGUACUUAUUGAAAGAAGAUAUGGCUGGGAUCCCAGAAGCAAAGCAACACUUAAAAAGGCUCCGGAAUAUUCACUACCUCUUUAAUACUGCCCUCUUCCUCAUCGCCUGGCGCCUUCUUAUGGCAAGAUCUCAGAUGGCUCGGAAUGUCUGGUUCUUCAUCGUGAGCUUCUGUUAUAAGAUUCUCUCCUACUUUAGGGCACCCAGCACACUCAAGGUCUAA